AUGGCUACCGCCCCCAACUCCCAAGCACAGCCUCCUCCGCCACCCCCGGCAUUCACCCUCACCUUCCCGCCGUCACUGGAGUCUUACAACAGAACAGCACGGGCGUGGCUGACGGAGAACUCGAAGCACUGGGACGGCAUCGUGACAGGCGCGCUCGUCUUCGACUCGCAGAACCGCGUCCUGCUCCUCCAGCGCGCGGCGCACGACAGCAUGCCGAACCUAUGGGAGACGCCAGGCGGCGCGACGGACGACGAAGACGCCAGUCUCUUUGUUGCCUGCGCGAGGGAGCUGUGGGAGGAGGCGGGGCUCGAGGCCGUUGAGAUCGUGCGGGCGGUGACCGAGGGCCCGGAUAGACCUGCCGGCAGCGUGUUUACGAACCGCAACGGCACCAGGAUCUACAGUCGAUUCUCGUUCGAGGUGAAGGUCAAGAACGAGAAUGAGGUGAGGAUCGACCCUGCGGAACACCAGGAUUAUGUGUGGGCUACCGAGGAGGAGGUGAAGGCGCAGAGGGUGGGGGACAAGCCGAUUCCCAUUACGAUAGGGCAGAUGACAAGGAUUAUUCUUGAAGGGUUCCGGUUGAGGAGAGAGGAGGCGGUGGAGGGGGGGAGAGAGGUUGUACAAGGGAGAUGA